CAAACUUAACCGAUUCGCGGAAGUGGUUGAAUGGUGAAACGUCAUCAGCUGUCGUCGUUGUUGAUAGUUUCAAACUUAACUGAAAAGUGACAUACAAAACGAAGUAAUUCAUCGUCUUAUUUUACGUUUGUUUACAAAAUACUUAAAGUAUGUUUAAGAGCUGGGGAACUUGGCUUGGCAUAGAAAACAAAAAUGGGCAAGUUAAACAAGAAGGCGAGUCUAAAGUCAAUGAAAACCAAAACCAUGACAUUGCUGGGUCUGAAAGUGAGCAGAGCAUUGUUGUUGGGGAAAAUGCUCAACCGCCUCAACUUCUCCAAAAAGCCAAGGGCUUCAGUGGUUACAUUUAUAAUAUCGCCAGCAUUGCCUCAAAGAAAGUGUCUGAGUCCGUCGUUGAAACGGCACAAAGUCUAAAGAUAAGUGUGGAGGAGGGGAAAAUAAAUGGAAUUAUUGAUAAGACGAUUUUGGGUGAUUUUCAGAAAGAACAAAACAGAUUUGUUGAGGAGAAAAGAGCAAAGAAAUCUGGUGCUGCUGUUCCACCAUGGGUUGGCUAUAACGAUGAGGACACCAUACAGCAGCAGAUUUUAGCUCUCUCAGCUGACAAAAGAAAUUUUUUGCGAGAUCCUCCUGCUGGGGUGCAAUUUAACUUUGACUGUGAGCAAAUGUAUCCAGUCGCCAUGGUGAUGUUGGAGGAAGAUGAGCUCCUUCGGAAGAUGCGCUUCCAUCUGGUCCCCAAACAGGUGAAAGAGGAAGUCUUCUGGAAGAAUUACUUCUACCGUGUGUCCUUAAUAAAACAGUCAGCUCAACUCACGGCUCUAGCAGCACAGCAGGCUGCUGAACAGCGAGACUUGGAGAAAACUGGAACCAGUCCUGAGGGUGUUCAUCAGAAGGAUAUAGUGAAACAGAAAACUUCCCCUGCCAUCCGCAGCACCAAACCAAAGACAAAUGAGGAUGAAGAGGAGAUGUCCUCCAGCUCGCCUGUGUCUGAGUUUGUGAGUGAUGCUUUUGAAACUUGCAAGAUAAAUGAGGACGACCUACGCAAAGAAAUGGAACAGCUGGUUCUGGACAGGAGGGAACAUCCAAACACAAAGCAGGAGGGGACUGCUGACUGGGAGAGAGAGCUGCAGGCGGAGCUGCAGGAGUACGACGUGUUGGAUGACAGUGAGAACUGUGAUGACAACUGGGACAGGGAGAUUGAGGAGAUGCUAAAGGAGGACAGUUAGGAGACACUUACACAAGCUCCUCCAGCCUUUACUGUUUGAAGGUCAGCAACAGCUUAUCAUGACAGAUUUAAUUCUUCCACUGGAAUGAUUCAUUACAGUACUGGUCCUCGAAGAAUUCUCAGCAUUGAAAUGCCACUGAUCAUCAUUAACAUUUCAGUAAACUGUGUAAACUGUGACCUGAAUAGUUUUAAGUUUUAGGAGUAAAUAUUCAGUAUUGCCUUUCUGUUAAGGUAAAAGGGAUAUCUUCUGCAUCUCAAUUCAUAAUGUGAUAAUGUGAAUGCCUCAGCAGAAAAUAGAGCGUUUGCCCCAGGAAUUAAGCGAGACGAUCUAAUAUUUGCUGAAAAGCUGCCACUGUUGACACAGGUGGAAAUUACAGGAUAAUGCUAAAUGGUAAAAAUACUGUCAACUAAAGCUUACUGUAAUAGUAGCACAAGUAGACAAGAGUCACAAACUCAGCAAACUGACUCAGCAAUGGCUGUUACACAGUAAUACUGACCUAAAGUUAGCACUGUUAAACACUGUUAGCUAACUUCAGCCACCAUAGGCUGCUGAUCAUACCAGGCCAAAUUAGACUGUAGCAGCAAAACCACUGAAUGUAGAGAAAUGAGUCAGUGUGGAUUUGUUUUUUCUUGCACUGUUCAUUUGUAAAAUUGAUUUAACUGUGGAUGUACUGUCUCAUUUCAAAAGUUACAUAGUCUCACACGACAUUUUAAGCACAAAUACCAAGACGUUUAUCCUCAUUAAAACAUUCAUGUAAUGGAUGACUGCCUAACUGCCUAGUGCCUACUGCCUAGUUCACAGACCGGAGGCUUCAGUGUGUCCUUCUCACCUUACUGAUGUCUACUGUAAUAAGUAAGUCAGGAGAUAUUUUCUGUCAUGUCUAGAGGAUUUCAUGUGACCAGUAAAGUAUAUCAUAUUACUGAGCCAACUCUUUCCUUUUACUAAUGUAAAUGAUGCAGUUUGAUGGAUGAUGGAUGCUAUUGUAAUAUAACUUAAAAACCUGAUAAAAGUGGACAAUGAAGUACAAUGUAAUACACAGUGUAUGUCGUGAUUGUCAUGUUGCUUGGGCCCUGUGAAUUUUAUUGAAAUUAGUGCAGUGCCUGUUGAGAUUGGGCCUACUGGUUGGCCUCUGGUUUUGCUGGAUGCACUUUUCCUGAGAACUGCUGAUCCAAACUACUUCACACUUGACUCUGCACUUCCUUGGGAUUCUCAUUAGUAAACCCACCAAGUGUGAAGCCGAUUGGAUGAAUGGUUGUCAAGAAAAUCUUAAGAACAGACAGACGUUUCUUUUAUUUUAGUAAAAUCCUAAUAUGAAUGACUGAACAUUUAGGAUUUUUGUGUUUAAAUGCAUCACUUCCACAUGCACACAUAUACUGUAUACUAUAGAUGCUGAUGUAAUGUACUUUGUUGAGAUGUGCCGGUCCAAACAAGCUUUGUGCUGUUCUGUUUACACCAGAAUUCCACUGUCUUUAGUGUUCACUGUCUAUGCUAAUGUCAGUUUAGUGUAUAACUUUUAUUAUACAUUAAUAUUUUUUGCUAUCUAAAUUGUGCUGACUUUUUUAUGUUUCUGUUAAAACAUAAAAGUAAAAAGGUUGUAAAUAGGUUUUUGAAAACCUCUCCUGCACAAUGAGCUUAUUAUAAAAUGUGUGAGUUAAUGUGUGAUAACACUUUGAGACACAUUUUGCCCUUUUCAUCACAUAAUUGGGCAGAUUACUCCUUAUGAGCUGCAAGUGAUGAGGGGAGAAUAAAAUUAGACGAAACAAGUUGUUGGUGACAGUACAGCCUCUUUUCCACGAGUGUACUCUUUAUUGCUGAACUUGACAGGAAAACAAAACCUUCCUCCCUUAAUCCAUUUCAAACACUGCAGCAGUAAAUGACACAAUGUAUGCUCUGUUUGCUCUCUAAGUAAACACAAUAAUGUAAAACACAGGUUCCACUCAUGCUGUUACUACUGUACCCACCAAUACACAGCAGAGAGUGCCAUAGCUUCUCUCAGUCACAGUAUAUCAUACAGAAGAAAUUCUACGUGAAAAUGCUCACUUGCUAAUGUUAUAUAAAAGUGAUAACAGGAAGAGAAUUCAAUAUUACAACAUGUCAGACAGUGAUAUGGAAAUGUGGCAAAAUGGAAACCAAAAGAGAGUGAGCAGAUAAGAGUAAAUACAUUUUAUAACUGCAAGAUGAACAUCAAAUAUGGAAAGAAUGCAUUUUUAUGAGAUUUGUACAGUCCUGUGUCCAAGGCAUUUUAUGUGUGUGGCAAGUUAGUUUUGGCUCAAAUAAAGAUCUUAAUACUCUG